AGUGGCGCGCGCAGGGCUGAAGGGGCUGGGCGGUGUCGGGCGCGCUCAGGCUGGGUUGCGCUGUGGAACACGGGCUCAGAAGCUCGCCCUCUGCGGGGACGGCAGGGAAGGCGGUGCUGCCGGCCAGCAUAGCCGGUGCGGGUGCGGGAGGCGGGUGGGGGUGGAGCGCGACAGAGGUACAGACCCUACAAGGGCGAGGAGUGGGCCAGACGCGCCGAACUCGGCUGUGUGCGCCCCGGGGCGGCCGAUGCCCCCAGCGCACCGCACUCCGCUGCCGCAACCGGGCCGCAUCCUGACGGGGCUCCGCGCCGCGCAGCCGCAGCCGGGCCACAAUGCUGGUUGGAGCAUCUCUGGUGGGAGCGCUGCUGUUCUCCAAGCUGGUGCUGAAGCUACCCUGGAUCCAGGUGGGAUUCUCCUUGUUGCUCCUGUACUUGGGGUCUGGUGGCUGGCGUUUCAUCCGGGUCUUCAUCAAGACGGUCAGGAGAGAUGUCUUUGGCGGCAUGGUGCUCCUGAAGGUGAAGACCAAGGUCCGACGGUACCUUCAGGAGCGGAAGACAGUGCCCUUGCUGUUUGCCUCAGUGGUUCGGCGCCACCCCGACAAGACAGCCCUGAUUUUCGAGGGCACGGAUACUCACUGGACCUUCCGCCAGCUGGAUGACUACUCCAGCAGUGUGGCCAACUUCCUGCAGGCCCGGGGCCUGGUCUCAGGCAAUGUCGUUGCUCUCUUUAUGGAAAACCGUAACGAGUUUGUGGGUCUGUGGCUAGGCAUGGCCAAGCUGGGCGUGGAGGCGGCGCUCAUCAACACCAACCUUAGGCGGGAUGCCCUGCGCCACUGCCUUGACACCUCAAAGGCACGAGCCCUCAUCUUUGGCAGUGAGAUGGCCUCAGCUGUCUGUGAGAUCCAGGCUAUCCUGGACCCCACACUCACCCUCUUCUGCUCUGGUUCCUGGGAGCCCAGCACCGUGCCUGCCAACACAGAGCAUCUGGACCCUCUGCUGGAAGACACCCCGAAGCACCUGCCCAGCAUCCCAGACAAGGGUUUUACAGAUAAGCUCUUCUAUAUCUACACAUCGGGCACCACGGGGCUACCCAAAGCUGCCAUUGUGGUGCACAGCAGGUAUUACCGGAUGGCUGCCCUGGUGUACUAUGGAUUCCGCAUGCGGCCUGAUGACGUUGUCUAUGACUGCCUCCCCCUCUACCACUCAGCAGGAAACAUUGUGGGGAUUGGCCAGUGCGUGCUCCACGGCAUGACUGUGGUGAUCCGGAAGAAGUUUUCAGCUUCCCGGUUCUGGGAUGACUGUAUCAAGUACAACUGCACAAUUGUACAGUACAUUGGCGAGCUUUGCCGCUACCUCCUGAACCAGCCACCCCGAGAGGCUGAGUCUCGGCACAAGGUGCGCAUGGCACUGGGCAACGGUCUCCGGCAGUCCAUCUGGACCGACUUCUCCAGCCGUUUCCACAUUCCCCAAGUGGCCGAGUUCUACGGGGCCACCGAGUGCAACUGUAGCCUGGGCAACUUUGACAGCCAGGUGGGGGCCUGUGGCUUCAAUAGCCGCAUCCUGUCCUUUGUGUACCCCAUCCGCUUGGUACGAGUCAAUGAGGAUACCAUGGAACUGAUCCGGGGACCCGAUGGCGUCUGCAUUCCCUGUCAACCAGGCCAGCCAGGCCAGCUGGUGGGUCGCAUCAUCCAGCAGGACCCCCUACGCCGUUUCGAUGGCUACCUCAACCAGGGUGCCAACAACAAGAAGAUUGCUAGUGAUGUCUUCAAGAAAGGGGACCAAGCCUACCUCACUGGUGAUGUGCUGGUGAUGGAUGAGCUGGGCUACCUGUACUUCCGAGACCGCACAGGGGACACGUUCCGCUGGAAAGGGGAGAAUGUGUCUACCACUGAAGUGGAGGGCACACUCAGCCGCCUGCUUCAGAUGGCGGAUGUGGCUGUUUAUGGUGUUGAGGUGCCAGGAACUGAGGGCCGAGCAGGAAUGGCUGCUGUGGCAAGCCCCACCAGCAACUGUGACCUGGAGAGCUUUGCACAGACCUUGAAAAAGGAGCUGCCCCUGUACGCCCGCCCCAUCUUCCUGCGCUUCUUGCCUGAGCUGCACAAAACAGGAACCUUCAAGUUCCAGAAGACAGAGUUGCGGAAGGAGGGCUUUGACCCGUCUGUUGUGAAAGACCCACUCUUCUAUUUGGAUGCCCGGACAGGCUGCUAUGUUGCACUGGACCAAGAGGCCUAUACCCGCAUCCAGGCAGGCGAGGAGAAGCUGUGAUUUCCCCCACAUCCCUCUGAGGGCCAGAGGAUGCUGGAUUCAGAGCCCCAGCUUCCACCCCAGAGGGGUCCUGGGCAAGGCCAGACCAAAGCUAGCAGGGCCCGCACCUCCGCCCCUAGGUGCUGAUCCCCCUCUCCCAAACUGCCAAGUGACUGACUCACUGCCGCUUCCCCCACCCUCCAGAGGCUUUCUGUGAAAGUCUCAUCCAAGCUGUGUCUUCUGGUCCAGGCGUGGCCUCUGGCUCCAGGCUUACUGACAGGCACCUUUAGGAUGAUGUCUUGGGACCAGUGGGCCAGGAUGUGGGAGAGGAGUCACUGAGAUCCCUCCAAAAAGAAGGGAGCUUACAAAUGAACCAAGACAAAAGCCUCUCGACUCAGGAAGCUAAGUGGCCAGAGACUGAAGUGGCCAGCCGUCCCGUGUCCACAGAGGAUCUUGGUCCAAAGCUGCCAAAGUGUCACCUAGCCCUGUCUGCACCUCUGGGGAAAGGAGGACAGCAUGUGGCCAAAGUGUCACUUAGCCCUCUCUGCACCUCUGGGGAAAGGAGGACAGCAUGUGGCCACUGGGCCCCUGUCUCAAGGAGUUGGGAUCACACACACACACUCCUUGUUUCUCCAGAUUCCCUUGUCCUUGUCUUGGGGAGGGAGGGGGGUGUCCUGUCUGUCUCUCAGAUGCAGGCUUCCUGCCUGUCUGUGAGUCUGUCCCUGUGUGUUGCCUUCUCCAUCUGUCCUAGCCUGACUGUGGGUGGAGAGGGCAUGAGGGGAGGCUCAGGGGCUAAUAAACUCUGCCUUGACUCCUCUUA